AUGAAGGACACGGUUCCUACAGUUCGCAUGUGUGAGGUCAUUGGCUCUACCGACCUGCUCACCCUGCUGGAGGAUGCCACCUUCGCGGACUUCUUCAACACGUUUCUCUCGCUCCCGGUGUUUGGCCAGACCCCGUUUUACACGGUUGAACUGUCCCAGUGGAGCCUGUGGCCGGAAAUCCCGCCCAACCUGACCUCCAAGUACAAAGGGCUGCUGAUGUGGCUGGAAAAAUACCUGCCUUUCUUCUGCAAGACGGAUUUGUGUUUCCAGUACAUUCUCUGCCAGGAGUUUAUUGGCUUCAUCAAGUCCCCGGAAGGAGCCAGCAUGAUGAAGUGGAAGAAGGCGGACCAGUGGCUGCUGCAGAAGUGCAUCGGCAGCGUCCGCGGCAUGUGGCGUUUCUUCAGCUACCUCAAGGGCAGUGCAGGGGAGGAACUGUGGGAUUUCUGGAUUCUCGCCGAGAAGAUCCUGAGCGUGGACGAGAUGGACCUGGACGCGAGAGACCACUACCUGUCCCUGCUCCUCAUGCUGAAGGCCACCCACCUGCAGGAGGGCUCCCGGGUGGCCACGCUCUGCAACAUGAACAUCAAGUCGCUCCUGAACCUCUCCAUCUGGCACCCCACCCAGUCCACCACCAGGAGGGAGGUCCUGAGUCACAUGCAGAAAGUCGCCCUCUUCAAACUGCAGAGUUACUGGCUCCCAAACUUCUACACGCACGCCAAGAUGAUGCUGGCCCGAGACGCGCAGUGCCAGGGACUCAUGCAAGAGUACGACACCCGCACCUGUAGCAUCUGCUGUCAGCACGCCGGGAAGGCCCCCGGGAACACCAGCCUCCAGCCCAGCUGCUACGCCCAGAAGCAGUACUCUAGCCAGAAGAUGAAGAGAAAGAUGUGGCAGAUGAUCCGUGGGGACUCGUGGUCGCUGGAGAUGAUCUCCAAUGCCAACAGGACCAUCCUGUCGCCCUGGCACCUGUACCCACUGGAGGAGGCUGGGGAGGAGGAGGAGGAAAAGGAGGAGGAGGAGGAAAAGGAGAAGGAGGAAAGGGAGAGCCUUCCGGCCGUGCCUUCUGCCCGAGAGGCGCCCGGGAAGAGAAAGACAGCGUGUUAUCUGGACAGCGACCCGCUCUUGGCCGGGAAAGCCCCCAGGACGGAGAGAAUCCAGCCCCCCUUCCGCAUGGAGGGGCUCUUCGAGAAAAACUUCCACCUGCACUUACGCACGCUCACCCCCAUCAUCAACCAGACGUCCCACAUGACGGCCAGCAAGGCCAGCCAGUGUGGCUUCUCCCUGGGGUGCACCCACUGGGCGCUGAGCGCCGAUGCCUACUCCGGGGGUCCCCUCCGCGCCUACUUGAAGAAGCGGGGUCUGGCGGUGGGGAUCAAGCUCUUGGAUCUCUGGCAGGACCUCCGGCACUUUCUCAGUGUCUUGACGCAGAACCGUUCCACGGGCAACGCCGUCUUUCUGCACCUGCUGGGCAACCGGAUCUGUGAGCUCUACCUGAGCCCCAACGCCAGGCCCCAGCUGCCCCUCAAGGCCAGGACCAUCCAGGGCCUACGGAAGAUGCUGCCUUCCGGGGACGUGAACCCCUGGGUCCCCAGGGCCCAGGAGGAGAUCUGCAAGAUGCUCAGCCGCUGGUAUGCCGAAUUCCUGGAAGAAGAGGACUUUUGGUUUCUCAGUUUCACCACCCAGACCAAGUUGGCCCCCACGGGGCCCCAGAAGAGAGAGCCCAUCAGCAGAGAGAAGAACAUUCUUCUUUAUAAGCGGUUCCAGGAGGCGCUGGAAUUAAGCCAAGGCCUGGCUAACAUGGAAGCGAUGGAGUCCCUGCAGUGGGAGAAGAUUGCCACGGAGAACCUCGAGCAGAACGGCUCCCUGCAGGUGGAGCUGAAGUCCCCGGUGUUUCUAGAAGACACAGAAAAAAUGUCCUUUGAGGAGCUCAGCUCGAAGUACCCAAAGAAAGCCAUCGAGAAGAUCAGUGACGACUUCAAAAUAUAUUCUGAAAAAGCACCUGCCGUGGAUUUUACAGUGGAAAUUUCCAAAGAACCAAAGAUAUCUUCUUUAGCCCAACAUAGGAAAACAUCGCUCUUCAAAAAGAGUUUUUUAAGGAAGCCCUCCUUACGACCCAGGAACUUAAUGGAUGUCCUCAUGAGUACAGCCCACUUGGAAUUCUUCCGAGAGUUCCUCAAAGAGAGAGACGCUGAGGGCCCGCUGCUCUUCCUGAUGGCCAUGCAACGGAUGGUCACAGAGACCAACGAGAAGAUCUACAAAACGCUCUCGGAGCACAUAUUCAAGACUUUCUUCCAUGGCCGCGUCUCCCCCGAGCAGCUGCUGCAGUGCGAGAGCCCCUUCAUCAAGGACCUGGUGGGGCUGCGCAAGGCCAGCACCACCUCCCUGCUGCUGGUGCAGAGCCAAGUCGCGAAGAACCUGGAGGAGACGUGGUUUAAAAGCUACCAAGAACUUUUCCCGCCACGGAUCAUAGAACCACCAGAACCGGUAGCUAAACCACCCGCGAAGAAGCUGUCGAAGUUGGCCGUGUCUUACCUCAUUGAAAACUGGAAUUCGGGCUGGUCCAAGAUGCUGUGCCUGGUCAGGAGUUUCUGUAAGUACCGCAGAUUCAUGGCCGACCCCUGCAGACGUCAGGAGUACGAGGACUUUCUCCGCUUGGAGGUCAACAACACGAAGGAAAAUUUCUCUCCCAGCACGUCGGGCCGGAACCCCACCAACCAUCUCAGCGUGCGGGACUCGGAACUGGAGAACGGGGACCUGAUCCUCGUCAAGCGCCGUAUCCUGGGCAACAGGAUCAUCAUCGUCAACUUUGCCGUCAACGACAAUUAUUUCCUCAUGGAGAUUGAGAAGUUCAAUGACCUGGUGACUUCCACCCGCGUGCCCCAAGUGAACCGGAGCUACAGCACCAACGAGCUCCUUCUCAUGAAGGCCAAGGUCCACAUCAUCCUGAAGCUCUACCUCUGCUUCGAGACGCCGCCCAGGCUGAGGGUGAACAUCCCUGAGACCCUGAAGGAUUCCAUCAUCAACAUGAUCGCCGACGGCCACUUCAACCGGACGCUGUUCUUCGGAGCCAUCAUGUCUAUCUUUCCCGUCAUCAUGUACUUCUGGAGGAGAUUUUGUGCCUGGAGGGUAGCUUGCACUUACAGGAGGAGCCGUGGGAAGAAGUUCAAGGAAAAGCACAACCCCUUGAAACAACCCACGUUCAAGAUCACACCUCUGAGCCCAGGAGAACAGCCUGUCCUGAAGUUCACGUUACUCAGAGGCAUCGAAUGGCUUCAGCCCCUCUCCGAGACGCACACAGAACCGGUCCAAAACUAUGGCAGUCCAUGA